AUGCCAGAGGAGCUGAGAGACAUCCAGGCUAAGGCAACACAGCCGACUCCAGAGACGCCUCAGGUCGAUAGGAGCGAUGAACCUGACAGCCCUCAAAAGAGCCUUGUUCUGGGCAAGUCCAGCUCGGAAAUCGCUGAUCCACUGUCCGAAUUCAAUGUUGGCGACGAAGUGCGAUGCACUCGUGCUGACGGCUCAACCAGCAAUUAUAUCGUCGCAGCUAGCCGUCUCAGCGAGAAAAAGAUGUGGGAGUAUCAGUUGCGCGCAUCUGGCUCGACAACCAAGUACAACAGUGGCCAAUGGAUCGCAGAGAGCCAGUUAGCCUGGCCUUGA